CAGCAGGCAAGAAUGUAGUUGAAACCACGGAUUAGGCUUAUAUGUAAGAUUAUCAAUUAAUCAUCAUCAAUUAACAAGUAAUAAAUCAUGAUCUACUCUUUUCGUAGUAUUUUAUUGAUUAUUAAAUCAAUACAAUCAAGAGAGUGGAAAUAGUUGAAGAUUAAUACGGACAAUAGAGAGUAAUAGUAUCUUCUUCUUCCACACAAUUUUUGAACAUUAUUAAAUUUUCACACAUAAAACAAAACAUCAAUGGAGGAAGCCAGAGUUUCCCGUUCAAUCGCCGACAUCUUACAAAAGUUGAACUCCCUAAAACCUGGAGCAAAUUUGCUACCAGGAAUUCACAUCAGGGGCCUUAAAGACAAUCUUAUACUAAUCCAUGAAAAAAUCCAGCUCGCGUGUUACUCGGAUGAAUGCCCCAAAUGGCUUCAAAAAGCUGAAGAUGUAGUCAAGAAUUUGAGAUAUGUGUUGGACGGUACCACUACCAGUGGCUCAAAACAAGUUGAAGAUACUUUGAGAUAUUUGGUGGACGGUACCAGUGGCUCAAAAAAAUCAUUUAUCAGUCAGCUGGGCUUCAGCUUCAGCUUCAGCCUAAAGAAACGUUUCCAAGCCAUGCUCCUUGUCGAGAAAACAAUAGAAGAACUCAAGCGCCAGAUAGAGGAAGAGGCAAAAGGAAAAGAAGCGGUUGUUAGUCAUACAAAUGAGGAAAGAUACUUUUCAUCCGAAAUGUUGCUUGACUUUGAGAAAAUUCCAGUGUUUGGAAGAGAAAAUGAAAAGGAGGAGAUUAUAGAUCAAUUGCUGAACCUGAACAAUUCUGAUGUUGUUCCUCCUGUUAUUGUAAUUGUUGGUGUUUCUGGAUUGGGGAAAACAAAACUUGCACGUCUUGUUUGUAAGGAUCUUCGAGUCAAAGCUCGGUUCCAACCAAUUUGGUUCGACUUCAACAGCUCUGUCUCAACGGUAAAAGAUUUAAUUGAGUGUCAUCAUGAGAAACACGUCUUAAUUGUUAUAGAUAAUUUGCAAAUUGAGAAUGAGAAUCAUGCUCUCGACAAGUUGCAGCAGAAAUUAACGGAGUUGGUUGGCGGUGGUACUGAUAGGGCAAUACUUAUUAGUACACGUAGCAACAAGGUUGCCAACAACAUUGUUGCCAGACAUGUUUUGCAGUUGCAGGGGCUCAAUCAAGAGGACUCAUGGUCCUUGUUUCAACAUAUUCAUGGACAAAGCACCACCGAACCUGAAUCCAAACCCGAGAGGGAUAACAUGAGGGAUUGUGGUGGAAUUCCUCUUCUGAUAGUGAUCAUAGCGACAGUGAUGAAGCAUCAUGGUGGUGGUGGUGACAAAUGGACUCUAGAAGCACUACAAAUGCUAAAGUUUAUCUAUUACGACAAUCUGCCCACUAAUCAGAAGUUAUGCUUUGCAUACUGUUCAUUGUUUCUAGAAGAUUAUCUGAUUGACGCCGAGAAACUAAUUCAACUCUGGACUGCUGAAGGAUUUCUCGUUGCCUCUAGCAGUGAAACUAUUAUUGCAGAACAACAAUUUGAUCGAGCUUGUUUCGAUGACUUUGUUCCUUUGGUUUUCCAUCAAGCUGAGUUAGAAAACGACCACCACAAAUACUGCGGUGUUGUGAGGAACAGCGGCUUAUAUAGAAUGAACAAGUUAAUGCAUAAACUCGCAAAGCUAGUAACUGCCGAUGGCAAAAACAUCAUAUCCGAUUCAAUGGGGAGUAGAGUUCAUGGAGGAACGCUGCGAGUUUCGUUCAAUUGCGCUCUAGAUCUGUCGUGUGAGGUGCCUGAAUCAAUGUUUCAGAAAGCAAAGAAACUAACGACCAUUCUUUUUCCAUACAACACUAACAACCCGCGGCUUCCACACGAGGUAAAGAUGACAACAUCAACAUGUAAUAAGAUCUUCAACACCUUCAAGGACUCCCUAUGCACGUUGGAUCUAAAUGACUUGGGGAUCAAGAUGGUUCCAAGCUCUAUUGAAGAGAUGAAGUACUUGAGAUAUCUAGAUCUUUCCCAUAACAACAUGGAAAAACUUCCUAGUUGCAUCACAACUCUUAUCCACUUGCAAACGUUGAAGCUCUCUCAAUGUCAUGCCCUCAAGAAAUUGCCAAAAGACAUGGGGAAUUUAAGUUCCCUCAACCAUCUUGGCAUUGAGGGAUGCUUGCGCCUAACUCACAUGCCAAGUGGAAUAAGCAAGCUCACUGAUUUGCAAACAUUGUCACUUUUUGUGGCCAGCAAGAAACAUGUCUCGGGAGGACUAAGAUCGCUCACAAAUCUUAACAAGUUGAGAGGCUACUUGGAAAUUUCUCAUCUUGAACAAGUCAAGGAAGCUUCUGAAGAUAAAGUUUUGAAAAAUAAACAACACAUUGAAUUCAUGACUCUAAGAUGGGAUCACAAGGAAGAGGACGAGAAGGAAAAAUACAUUGCCAACGAUGAGAAAUCACUUGAUUGUCUCGAGCCGCAUCCGAAUCUGAAAGUGCUACUCGUCGUGGGGUACAUUGGUUCCAGGUUGUCUGAUUGGAUCGUUUCACUUCGAUGCCUUGUUAAGUUUACCUUGAACAACUGUCCCAAAUUCAUCACCCUCCCGGCACUGGAUGUGCUUCCAAAUCUCAAGGUUCUCCAACUUUGGAGAUUGGACUCUUUGAAUUUCAUACAUUCCUCUGAACUAGCAAUAUUAUUUCCAUCCUUGAAGGAACUUACAAUCAUUGAUUGUCCUCAUCUAAUAGGUUGGUAUGGAAGUCGUGGAUUAUCUUUCAGUUGCAUUUCAAAACUAAAUAUCCAAUAUUGUCCUAAAUUAGCUUGGGUGCCGCGAUAUCCCGGCCUUGACGAAGAGCUAGUUCUGGUUGAGUCGAAUGUAGAAUCCAUGAGGAAUACAAUGCAUUAUGCUGACGGUACUGAAAGUAUUGAAACUUGUAAUUCACAAACACAACCCUUCUCCAAAUUGAAGUCCAUGGUAAUUGAGGGUAUUGAACAAUCUCCACUAGAGAGUAGUUGGCUUAAAAACUUCAUUUCACUUGAGGAACUUCACAUUAGAGAUUGUUCUAAUAUGAAUUCUCUACCACAAGGUUUUGAGUAUUUAAGUUCACUUCAAUCACUUUCUAUUGAAAGAUGUGAAGAACUUGUUCUUGAUGCUGACAUAUCCGAAACUGAAUGGAAGAAUCCAAUUGAAUUGGAGGGUCUAAGAAACCUUACUUCUCUUACAUUAAGUGGUAUUCCAAAACUAAAGUCCCUUCCAUGGGGAGUUGAAAAUAUGAAAUCAUUGAAAGAUUUAAGGAUUUAUGAUUGCCAUGGUUUAACUCAUCUACCAGAAACAAUAGGCAUCCUCGUUUCACUUGAAAAACUGGUUAUUUCUGAAUGCAGAUGGUUGCAAUCGUUGCCCAAAGGAAUGGAAAGGAUGGAGUCUCUACAUACUUUGACUAUCAUGAACUGCCCUUUGUUAUUGCCAAGGUGUCAACCGGACACGGGUGAUGAUUGGCCACAAAUUGCUCAUAUCAAAAACAUACAAGUGAAGCAAACUCCUCAAGAAGGAAUGUAGUUUUUUACGAGAAUUUUCAAAAGUUACAGGAUUCCUCAUGAUUUCUCUCUCGUUUCUCACUUUGAUUUUUGUUUUAUUUUUUUAUUGAUUCUGAUGAAUGUAAUCCAUGUUUAAAAUGUGUUUUAGUUUGCUUAUAGAUAGCUUGAAGUAAAGACUUAAUAGUGUAGGAUCCUGGCUUAGUGAGAGCGGGAUUAUGCUUGCUGGCCAAGCAAGUUUAGCGUGGCUAAGCGAGCUUAGGAGUUGUUUGUUUUCUGUUUUUCAGUUAGAAGUUUGUUUUAGGGAAGUUAUUUUGUUUUGUCUUAGAUAGUUAUUGCAGUUACUUAACAAGUAACCUCUUUUGUAUAUAACUACUUUUGCCCCUUGUGGAUGAAUGCAAUUUUAUUUUUCCCUUAUUAUCUUCUUCGUCAAU